AUGGCUAUCGUAAAAACUCCAGUUUUAAAAGUGAUUUUAUGUGGUGAAUAUGGUGUAGGCAAAAGUUCUAUAUUUCGACGAUUCAUAAAUAAUACGUUUUUACCAAAUGCUGAUAGACGUUCUACUUUGGGACUUGAUCAUUUCGAGAAAUUAUAUCAAAUUGGUGACAAGGAAGUCAAGUUGCAGUUAUGGGAUACUGGAGGAAUGGAAAGGAUUGCUUCAGUGACAUCAAGUUAUUACAAAUUUGCUGAAGCAGCAAUUUUAGUAUUUUCUUUAGAUAAUAUUUCUUCAUUUCAUGUAUUGAGUCAACAUUUGUUGGAUAUUGUGACUUACGCAGAGAAUGCAAAAAUUUAUCUGUGUGGUAAUAAGUCUGAUCUUGAAGGGACAUCUCCACAAGUAACUGAUGCUGAUAUCGAAACUUUUUGCGAACAAUGUCACAAUCUUAUUAGUAGCAUUUAUAAAACAUCAUGUAAAACUGGAAAAGGCAUAGAAGAGAUGUUUAGUGACAUAGCAUCACAACUUGUAGAGUCCAAUCGUUCAAGGAUUGAGCUCCAAGCUUUAGAUCACAACAGUUUUAAAAUAUCUCAACCUGAAUCUCCUGAGGAACCAUCAUGCAGUUGCUGA